UGGUCAAGAGCCACCGAACCGCCCCCACCCCAGCAAACACACAGCCGCAAACUGAAAUCAGAAUCCAAAGGUGCAAGGAAGUGCCGAGAAAGAGAGCAGACCCAUUUAUCUACAGAUACCUCUGGUCUUCGUUCUUACGAAAAUUUCUAUCCUUCUUUUGUUGAAAUGGAUUGCUGGUCUCCUUCUCUCACAAUGGAUGAUGAGUUUGAGAAGCUUGUCAUUCGAAUGAACCCUCCUAGGGUUACUGUCGACAAUGCGUCGCGCAGGAAAGCCACUUUGAUUAAGGUUGAUAGCGCUAAUAGGCGAGGCAGCUUGUUGGAGGUGGUUCAGGUUUUGACUGAUUUGGAUCUUAUAAUUAGACGAGCUUACAUUUCUUCUGAUGGGGAAUGGUUCAUGGAUGUGUUUCAUGUCACAGAUCAACAUGGCAAUAAGCUCUCUGAGGAUGAUGUGGCUGAACAAAUCAAACAGUCGCUGGGACCAAGAGCACUUAGUUUUCAGUCCUUGAGACAGUCUGUAGGUGUUCAAGCUGCCACACAAAACACGAUCAUUGAAUUGACUGGAAGAGAUCGCCCAGGCUUGCUUUCAGAAGUUUUCGCUGUUCUUACUGACCUCAAAUGCAACGUGGUGGCUGCAGAAGUCUGGACCCACAAUUCACGAAUGGCAUCAGUUGUUUACAUAACUGAUGAAGCUACAGGACUGCCUAUUGAUCAUCCUGAUAGGCUCACUGAGAUCAAACAGCUCCUCCUAUAUGUCCUGAAAGGAGAUAGAGAUAAAUGGAGUGCAAAUACAGCUGUAUCAGUGGGUUCCACUCACAAGGAAAGGAGGUUGCACCAGAUGAUGUAUGCUGAUCGUGACUAUGACAUGGAUGAUGCAGAUUGUGAGUCAGCAAGUGAACGGAGCAAACCCCUUGUAACAGUGGAAAAUUGUGCAGAUAAGGGAUACACUGUUGUGAAUUUGAGGUGCCCUGACCACCCUAAGCUACUCUUUGAUGCUGUCUGCACAUUAACAGAUAUGCAAUAUGUUGUAUAUCAUGCAACUGUCAUAGCUGAAGGGCCAGAGGCUUAUCAGGAAUAUUAUAUCAGGCAUAUGGACGGUUCCCCUGUUAGUUCUGAAGCAGAGAGGCAAAGGCUAAUCCACUGUUUAGAGGCAGCUAUUAAAAGGAGAAUUCCUGAGGGUAUAAGACUUGAACUUUGCAGUGAAGACAGGGUUGGCCUAUUGUCUGAGGUGACUCGCAUAUUUAGAGAAAAUGGUCUCUCAGUGACUCAAGCAGAGGUUACGACCAGGGGUUCCCAGGCUGUAAACGUUUUCUAUGUGACUGAUGUAUCAGGACAUCCAGUGAAGAGUGAAACAAUUGAAGUAGUUAGAAAAGAGAUUGGACUGACUAUACUCCGCGUGAAUGAGGAUGCUCAAUCAACUCCUCUUCAGGAACACAGGAGAUUCUCAUUUGGUAAUCUGUUUCGAUCUAGAUCAGAGAGGUUCCUUUACAACUUGGGUUUAAUAAAAUCUUAUUCUUGAGCAAGUCAUUAGCUAAACUAGGCUCCGUCAGUCAGCUUGUGUAAAUGUUGGUAUAGUUUGGCUUAGUUUGCAUAGAGUUUAGGUUUUUAGGUCAAUCAGCAGUUGAUCUUAAAGUCAUUGCCUGAAACUUGCAACAAAUUUCAACUUGUAAAUCUUCUUGUGAAUAUCUUUUCCUGUCUACCUGUCUCAAAUGGCAUCGUAAAUAUACAUUGUUUGUUCGGUUU